CGAGUGAUUCAGCCGCAGUCGCGAGCCGCCCGCCGAGAGGCACACACGCGUCCAGUGGACGAGUUGCGGCGAUGGCGCGAUGAAUUGCGCUCGCGCGGCGUACUGGGCCCUCCUCUGCCUCGCCGCUAGCGCCCUAGCCGCGCCAAGACGCCUCUACUGCGAGCGCGCCGACGUCGCCUGGCGGGCCUACCGUGCGCCCGCGGCCUUUGAGGCUCGCAUCCAGUCCUUGUCCAAAGACGCAGCGACCAUCCAGAUCAAGCGCGUGCUCAGGCAGCAAGGACACUGGCCACGGGAGGAUUCUAUCUUACGACUGAAACUCCCGCCUCAGGACCCUCGCGAGUGCACGGGGCGGUUCGAAGUCCCUUUGAAAAAUAGAAGAAACUACAUAGUCUUUGCCGAAAGACACGGACACCAGGCUGUGGCGCUAGGCCCGCCGCUGAAGAGGACUGGGAAACUGCUGCGGAGGAUCAGGGCAGUCUACAAGCCGGGAUACAGUAGUCCAGCAAGAGUUGAACCAAUGCAAUCGGUGCGCACGACACGCGGGAGCCGUGUGCGGCUCGAGUGCAGGGCGAGCGCGCGCCCGCCGCCUCGCAUCACAUGGUAUAAAGACGGCCGGCCCGUCGCCGAUAUCGCGCUCAGGAGAUUCCGGGUGCAGAACUUUAGGAGGCGCUCCGUGCUAGUAAUAAGGCACGCUCGGCGCGAAGACACGGCCACCUACGAGUGCAGAGCCCAGGGUGCCGUGGGGCCGCCGGCCGUGGCCGCGGCUAACGUCAGCGUCAUGCUGCCUGUCACGGCGACGCCAGACACGACGACAUUGGGAGCACCAUGUCCAAUGCCUGACCCGUCUUCGUACUGCCUCAAUGGAGGCACUUGCCUAUACUUUCAGCUUGUACAAGAACAAGCUUGCAAAUGCCCUGAAGGUUUCAACGGCCAGCGCUGCGAAAACAAGGAUAUAACAAAUAGCAGUAGUAUGUAUCAUUCCUAUACGUGCAAACUGGGCCUCUCCACGUCCUACUACUGUUAGCUGUUACUACACAACUCCGCAAUGACUUUGACCUGCGGAAUUUAGCUAGCUUGCGUAGGAGAGCUAAAAUCCGUGAGUUUAAAGUAUCCAUAUAAGUAUAAAACUUUCCGCUUCAUGGUCUUACAUGCGAUUGUGAUUCUGCAGAAAAUGGUUUGAAAAGCUUGAGGUCGGUUGAGAAGAAUGUGUUGCGCGUGAGAACAAAACUAAAAUUUUUGGAGAGACUUUGCUUUCGAGUACAGUUUAUGUUAACUUAUAAACAUGUAGCAUGAGCGGACCUUUUGUACUUAUUUAUUUUGUGGCAUAACCCACCUCGUUCCAAUUUAUAUUAUAUUUGCUCGCGAUGUACAUUCGCAGCAUUCGAAUGUUGGACUGUAAAUUAGUUAUCUUGACUAUCUUAUGUCUAUAUUAAGUUUUUUUAUAGAAUAGGCGCUGGUAUUUUGUCACUCAAUCUACGAAAUCCACUUUUUUUAGACACAUUUCUAAAUUUCGAAAUAAAAAACAGAUUAUUAUCAGAGUCUGUGUGCGAUUUAUUACGAUAACUGAAGUGAUUUAUUUGUGAAUUACAAAGUAGCUAAAUAAAAACGAAUAGUUAAAAAUAUAAAAUAAUACAUACAUUUUAUGGUGUAAGUAUAAGGGGGCCAGCUGUUUGCAAGGCUAUUUUUACCGUAAACUUCUAUUUUUAGCGUCUACCUGCUGAAAUUACUCGGCAAACUCUUGUUUCUCACAUUAUUGAGGAGAAAACAUGAUGUUCCAACAACAGGGCGAUGAUUGCCCAAAUUUUGCAUUUAGCUGUGUUUUUCGUCGUUUACAAGUAGCUAUAUUUUUUUAAUAUAAUAUGUAUAUGGCUGGCCCAGUGAGAUUGUUAACUUAAGAUUUUACAAACACAU